AUGAAGCCAGUAAUAGUUGUGCAUGGCGGCGCAUGGGCCAUCCCGGAUGAUAUGGCUAAGGCUGUGGAUGGGGUGAAGUCUGCAGCUACUGCAGGCUUUCUGGCUAUGAAGAGAGGAGGCAGUGCAUUGGAUGCUGUUGAGCUGGCUGUUAGGGCCUUAGAAGAUAACCCAACCUUUGAUGCAGGUCAUGCAGCGGUACUGAAUACUAAUGGAGAAGUGGAGCUGGACUCCAUCAUUAUGGAUGGAAGGACUCUAGCUGCUGGAGCUGUGUCUUCGGUGAAGAACAUCGCCAACCCUGUGUCACUGGCCCGCGCUGUGAUGGAAAAGGUUGACAACAUCAUGUUGACAGACAGAGGUGCAAACAUGUUUUGUGAAAGCGUUGGCAUACCUACAGUCCCCACAGACACCCUGGUGACAGAAUGUGAGAGAACGGAGAGGGAGAAGGCCAAGAAUUAUGCUGUUGGAGUGAAGGAGCUCUUCAACUCUCAAUGGGGCCACGAUACUGUUGGAGCCGUUGCUGUAGACUGUUCUGGUAAUGUUGCAUGUGCAACUUCCACGGGAAUAAGAAACAAAAUGGUGGGCAGAGUAGGAGAUUCUCCAAUCAUAGGGUCUGGUGGGUAUGCCGACAACCUGAGUGGUGCAGUAUCCUGUACUGGCCAUGGAGAGUCCACCCUGAAAGUCACCCUAGCCAGACUCAUCCUCUUCCACGUAGAGCAAGCUAAAGGUGCUCCUGAGGUUGUAGAGGUCUCUUUGCACUACAUGGGUGAUCGGGUACAGAGGGGAGAAGCUAUAUUAGUUUCCCAUACAGAGGAGUGGGCAGCCAAGUCCACAGAGCGAAUGGCCUGAGCAGCAGUGGAGAGAGAGGUUCUGUGGUAUAGUUUGAACUCAAAAGAAGAGUUCAAGUAA